UCUGUGCUCUUAUCAUAGACUCGACAUCCUGCUGGUCAACAAUCCCCGCCAGUCCCUGAAUGAAAACCUCAGGAGCUGUGUAGUUCUGAAAGCACUCAAAACUUCCAGCAUCGGACUCCGGGGUGCCCUGAGCUGCUGCCAUUUUCCCUCGCUAUUUAUUAUCUCCAACAAUCAGAGAUAAUCCUCCGUCAUUUCACUUUGAUCAGCCUCUUCUGAGAUCGCUGCAACCGUAUCUCCAUCCUUCGUACGUUUUCUCCAUCAAAACACAACGGGCUCUAUCGAUUUUCGUCACUCCGAAAUGUUUUUCUUGGUUAACCCCGCACACACGUAUGCUAUGACGCACACACAUACACGCACGCAGGCCUAAGCGUCCGCCAUUGAUCGAAAAAAAAAGGAAACUACAUCACAAACGGAAGAUGCAGCCACACCAUGCGGUGUAGCUCCAAACUUGGCGCGCACUGCAAACAAAAUUGAAAGAUUGCGAGAAAAGUCACAGUCACAUGACGACUGUAACAUUAAAUAAUUAUCGAGUCAUUAGCGGUGUGCCUCGGUCACUGAAAAAAAUUGUCGACAAUUAUUGGACGGUCAUUACAUAAACGUCUAUAUCUGCAGCCGAAUCGCGCGAGUGGUCCAAAAUAAAUCACCUUGACUGCAAGACAAUUCAAUCUUUAGUGAAAAUUAUCUGCGAGUGGACAUCCUCGAUUGUCAUCCAGAUAAUGGCCUUCUACUUGAUGAAAGUGCCCUCGGUGUCUAGUAGCAUUAACCAGUGGCUGCAUCGAACCUGUCAAAUAGUCAUUACACGUGACUUCGUUGAGGCCCCACCGAGGACGAAGGGCGGCCCCAUCGAGGUGCUGAGGGGUCGCAUCUCCAGAGGGGAACUCCUGGAGGAUGAGUAUCAGAUGAAAAUUGCUCAGAACCUUCAGACUGUCUUUGAACAUGUGCAUAAAUACACACCGGAGAAGCCAGGCUUCUUCAGCAAGUGGAUUGGAAAGGGAAAGAGGAGGAGAAAACCUCCUAAGGGAUUGUACCUCUAUGGUGCUGUUGGGGGAGGUAAAACAAUGUUGAUGGAUCUUUUCUAUGAUUGUUGUCAGGUUGAAAACAAACAAAGGGUGCAUUUUCAUUCCUUCAUGCUGGAUGUGCACAAUAAAAUUCACGAAGUCAAGAAGACAAUGGUAAGGGACUACAGUAGUACGAAGCUUGAGCCAUUUGAUCCGAUCCCCCCAGUAGCUGAUAUGAUAACCCAGAGGGCAUGGCUCCUCUGUUUCGACGAAUUUCAGGUGACCGACGUAGCCGAUGCCAUGAUUCUCAAACGAUUAUUCACCUGCCUCUUCGAUAACGGAAUUACUGUGAUAGCCACCAGUAACAGAUCUCCCGACGAUUUAUACAAGAAUGGACUGCAGAGAGGGAAUUUCGUGCCCUUCAUCCAAGUACUUAAGGACCACUCUGUGGUGGAGUCUUUAGACUCUGGGAUUGACUACAGACUGAUGAGGGCAGGCUCCAGCAAAGAGACGACUUACUUCAUCAAGGGUGAGGAUGCUGAUGAUGCUGUUGAUAAAGUUUUCAAGUACUUAUGUUCCAUGGAGAAUGAUAUUGUGAGGCCUAAAGUACUUUCCAUAAAAGGGAGAAAUGUUUCUUUCAAGAAAACUUGCGGACAAGUGAUGGAUUCAACUUUUGAGGAAUUGUGCGAUAGGCCUCUCGGAGCCAGUGAUUACCUAGAGCUCACCCAGGCAUUUCACACAAUCAUCAUCAGAGAUGUCCCCCAAUUAAAUUUGAAGCUCAAAUCGCAAGCCAGAAGGUUCAUUACACUGAUUGACACUCUCUACGAUAACAGAGUGAGAGUUGUUGUCUCUGCAGUUGCCCCCCACAACAAAUUAUUCGUUCCCGAGGAAGACGCUGAAUACACAGAUGAGAAACGAAUGCUGAUGGACGAUCUAGCCAUAUCCGGUGGUUCAGAUAAUCACAGGUCAAACCUCUUCACUGGUGAGGAAGAACUGUUUGCAUUCGAUCGAACAGUCUCAAGACUUGCAGAAAUGCAAACGAAAGACUACUGGGAUCAAUGGGAGCAUCACAGAUAAUAUGACUGAACUUUAGUAAUGAAAAUAUUGAAUUCAGAUUAAUUGAGCGAACAAACUGAGUAAUUUAAUAUUAAUUUAUGUAUUUAUUUGUUAUUGUGUUUAGGAAGUAAUAAAUUCUCUUGUACAUAGGACUGUAAUAAACAAUUGGAACGAG